AUGUGCUUUGAAAUUGUAAGGGAUUGUUGGGAAAGUGGGGGUGAUGAUAGUUUGCCAAGUAAGUUGGCUCGGUGUGCAGAUAAGUUGAGUAUUUGGGGGAAGGAGGUGACUGGAAAUUUCAAAGUUCGUACUUCCCGUUGUAAGAAAGAGAUUCAAAGAUUGGCUAAUAAAAGGGACACUGCCUCUAUUCAGCGUCACAAAGAAGUAAAGGAGGAGUUGUUUCAUGUUCUUGAUCAGAAAGAAUCCUUUUGGAUGCAGCGUUCUAAACAGCUUUGGUUGAAAGAAGGUGAUCAUAAUAGCAGCUAUUUUCAUAAGGCUGCCACAACUAGGAAGAGACAUAACAAAAUUGUUACUUUGAAGAAUGAUAAUGGAGUCCGUGUAGGUUGGGAUAAUGGGCUUGCUCAAGUGAUGAUUGACUACUUCUCAACUUUAUUUCAAGCUUCUAAUUCGACUUGUCAAGAAGUGGUUGAUAGUGUCAAUAGCUCGGUUCCUAGCUUUGUUCAUGAGGAGUUGCGUAUGUUCGUUUCUGAAAAGGAGGUUAAAAAGGCAAUUUUUCAGAUGCAUCCAGACAAAAGUCCUGGCCCGGAUGGUAUGACACCUGCUUUUUACCAUAAAUGUUGGAGCAUUGUGGGCCGUGAUGUUGUAAGGGCUGUUCAGAGAUUCUUUUCGACAGGGGAGUUUGAUCCGGGUUGUAGCAAAGCUAAGAUUGUGUUGAUUCCUAAAAAGAAAAAUCUGAAGGAUAUGACUCAACUUAGGCCUAUCGCCUUGUGUAAUGUGGUGUAA